AUGUCGAACAAUAUGCUGCAUUCCAUGUCACCAACGACGCCCGGACUAAAUGGACUGCCGCAUCCGUUCCAGAGCCCCAACAGCACCCACACCAGAGGAUUCAAGCGCUCGGCUAGCAGCGACGAUGAUGAGAAUGGCGACGGUGAUACGCGGCCCUCGUCGUCGUCGCGGCGCAAUACCGCGGUGAAGCGCGCCUGCAACGAGUGUCGCCAGCAGAAGCUCAAGUGUAACGUCCAGCAAGAUCCCUUCGUCAGCUGUGCGCGAUGUCAGAAACAGAACCUGCGAUGCGUAAUCGAGCCCAACUUCAAGCGUGUCGGCAAGCGUAAUAGGAAUGCCGAGAUGGAGAAGGAGAUGGAAUACUUGCGAGAGCGACUCGCCAUGUACGAAGGCCAGUCCACGCCGAACCAGCCUGUCCUGAAUGCUCCGCAGCAGACGUCAGACAACCACACCUUCACUCCCGGCCCAGUCCCCAAGAUGGAGGACGACGCCUUCCUACAGACACAACAUACACAAGUGGCGGCAACAUCUCUGCUCGACUUGCGCAGCGGAUCGCCCAUGUUCUUCUCGCUGGGUGCCGGCGAAGUGCGACUGGGCCACAGUGAGGUCAACGAGCUGUUCGCCGAAUACUUUCAGCUAUACCACCCAUUCCUGCCAUUCUUAGAUCAAGUGCGUUCGCCUGAGGAGUACUACUCGCAGGACCACAAGCUGCUGUUCUGGGCUAUUAUCGCGGUUGCCGCACGCCGCUAUGGGCCACGGCCGGUUCUGCUGAAGGAUCUCUCCAAGCCGCUGAGCGAUCUCAUCUGGGACUCUAUUCGAAAUCAGCCGAACCACCAUGUAGUCAAGGCCUUGUGUCUGCUCUGUACCUGGCCACUCCCAGCAGAGCGGACAGUGACCGACCCGACUUUCAUACUGUGUGGCGCUAUGAUGCAGGUUGCCAUGCAGAUUGGUCUGCAUCAGCCGACGCACCCGGAUGACUUCUCCAGAACGAAAAUGCAGCUGCGACGGGAGGAUAUACACGAUCGGCUGAGGACGUGGGCCGUCUGCAACAUCGUUGCGCAAACUGUGUCAACAGGAAACGGACAGCCCUCGAUAACCCUUUACGAUUCGACACUCGACUUCAAAGUAGACGACGAAGAGCACAUGCGCAUUAUACCACCCACACUGUUCGUCCGCCUUCGCCAGGAAAUGGCUGCGAGCAGGAUCAAUAAGCUCCUGUACUCCGCCAACAGCCAUCGCUUCGCCGAAGGCGCCGCCACAAGCUACAUGAGUCUGGAAGCAGAUCGUCUCAAGGAAGAGCGUGUGAAGGAAGAAAACAGCUCCCUGGACGGGGUGGACAGCGGCCUGGAAGAACUGUACCACUACGCCGUCUCCUUACAUUUGCAUCUGUACUCGUUCUUCAGCCCGGAGAUACGGCUUGAACGGCGGGACGACCUUGUCGCGCUGUACUUCGCCGCGACGGCCUAUCUGGAGCGUGUCUUUAAGAUACAACACGAGGGCAGGCUGCCUUACGUUCCCUACUACGUCAUGCAGAUGGCUCUUGCAGCCGGUUUCGCCUUGCUCAAGCUCCUCAACUCAGACUUUGCCAGCAAGCUUCCCGCGAACAAAGGUCGACAAUUUGUUCUACAGACUGUGGAUGCGCUGAGGAAAUCCAAAGUAUGGUCGAACGAUCUCUUGGAUCGAUUUGCCGAGGUUCUGGCACAGUUGUGGAAAGAGAGUUCCCGCGGCCGCAGCCUACACAGCCUCUCUCAGUCGCCGUCUCUUAGUAACUCAGGCAUGAGCACCAUGUUCAAUCAGCACAAUCAGCAACAGCAUCAACAGCAGCAGAGGCGACCAAGCACUGGAAUGUUAGAUGACCCUCUCGGCCUUAUCAUCCGUAGUCGGAUGAGCAUGAGUGUGGUCUUUGACUGCGCGUUCCGCUGGCGAGAAGCGCAGGUUAGUGGAGCUGCGGAACAGCUCGAAAACACGGUCAUGACAAACCCCACGAAUCCCGACUCGUCCAGUAAUUCUACACCACCGCCUGGCGCCGUGGAAAACCCGGCUCAUACCUUGCCCAAUUUCAACCCACACAUCAACACGCUAAGUAUGCCACUGCAAAUGCCCAAUGGCAUGGCUAGUGCGAACAGCUUCGAAAUGUUCGAUUCGGUCUCCUGGUUACUAGACACUCAGCCUGAUUGGACGACGUCGUACGGCAAUGGCAACUUUGGUAACGAGUUUGGAGUGUAG